AGCACUGUGUCCGCGCGUGCGUGUGUGUGUGCUGGCACUUUGACACCCAAAUGCACAUGUGCGCGCGCGCCGUGCCGUGCAUUGCUUCCUUUCCAGAGGGGAGAAAGGCUUAACUGACUACAUGCAUGCAUGAAGGCAGGUAGGCAGGCGGAGAUGAACCGGGCUCAUUAGAAAUAUCUCGUCUGCAGAACCAUCCGCAGGUCACGCGCAUUACUACUAAAGCCCGUGGUGCUGCCGGUCGACGGACCCCCCAAAAGCGCAGAGGGACACGCGCGCGCUGAAAAGGUGUGGAGGAGAGGAGACCCGCGCGGUACAAUGGAGCCGAACCCGAGCUGUUAAACCGCUCACACAAACCUAGAAGAAGAAGAAGAAGGCGCGAAGGGAGGAUAGGAUGAAGAAAACCGGCAAGAUCUGAACUUUUGGAGGAUCUACCGUAAGGAUUAUCGCACAGCUACACAAUUUGACCGGCACACCGAGGGAGGAAGGGGAUCACAGUUUGCAUCAGCGUGUCAAAGGGAAAGCGCACACUAUGGCUGACAGUCGUUUGGGGACCUGGCAGGUGCUGCUGACCAUCUCACUGGUCAUCUUACCCCUCAGUGCUCACGGGAGGCAUUCGUCCAGCAGGCACCAUCAUCACCACAACCAAUCAUCUGUCAACAAAGAGGCCUUGAACGCCAGGAUGGUUCUCAGCGAUGACUCGGCAGAAAGAGACCACCUGAUUGGAGCAGGGGCCUCACUCCCACUCAGCUCCACUAAACGCCACCAUUCUCAGAAACACAAGUACCUAGACUUCAUCGAGGAGGACGCACCUGGUGGGGAAGAGCUCACUGCUGGAGGGGCGGGUCCAGACCAGCCCGGAAACCCCAUGUCUGAUGACGUCAUCACGGUGGAGUUUCACAGCCCUGCGCCGGACGUAGUGAACCCUGAUGGUGGUCUGGAUUGGGCUAAAGUCCCAAAACCUCAAAAGCAAAAAGGUGGCGACCCUACGGCGUGGACUCUCUCAGACUUUUAUGACUACCUGUCUCCGGAUGACGAUCUCUCUGCGUUGGAUGCCACCCCAGAACCUGAGGUCACCCCCUCACCCCCGGCGGACAUGGAGGACGAGAACCCGCUCCUGGCUGGUGCUCCUGCUGCUCCUGAAAAUGUGAGGCCCAACGUGGUGCCCAAGGUAGAACGCAAACCCUCCUUACCUGCUGCACCCAAGCCAAUGCCCGACAAUGGAGAUAGUUUAAGCUUUGGUGGCGCCGUGGGAACUGACGGCUGCAGACUGGGCUUUGUACGCUCUGGGCCUGGGUUGUGUGUGUCUCAGUGUGACGUUGAACCCAAUUUCUGCUUCAAUGGAGGAGUGUGUACCGUGGUGGCAGGAAUGGGAGCCUUCUGCAGGUGCAACGUGCAGGACUACAUCUGGAACAAAGGCACACGCUGUGAUUGGAUGGUCACAGAGUUUCAGGUGAUGUGCGUGGUGGUUGGCGUGUCCUCGAUCGUGCUCCUUCUCCUCUUCAUGAUCAUCGUCUUCUUUGCCAAGAGGCUGCACCGCCUCAAGAAUGAGAACAAGCGCCUUCGCCAACGCAGUAAAUUCCGCCCACAGAGCAGCGAGCCACAGACGGACGGCCUCUCAGUUUCCACAACAGCUGACGGAUCGCAGCCAAACGUAAGGAAACUGUGCGACACCCCUCCGCCUGCUCCUCAAGCUCACACACACAACCUGGCGUACUAUGACAACAUUAUCUGUCAGGACGAGCCACAGAAGCAGGAAGACCCCGCCAAGUCCCCGCAAGCCAAGGAAGAGGGCUCCAUGAACAUCCUCAACUCUCACUCCCCCAAACACGAGAACAACCGUCCCACUUCCAUCGCCCACACUCCUAACAACACAGAGGAGAAUGCUGAGGAUGGAGUCACUAUCGGCCUGGAAGUGCUCCUCCCUAAAGAUGCCAAGCUACACCCAGAGACCAGGACGCCCCUUCAGUACGAUGUCUUCCUGUACAAGGUUCCCAACAGUGGAGAGCUUGUCUGCACUCCAAGCCAAGCCCCUCCAACUCACAGCAUCGACUCCUACUCCCCUCACCCUGCGCCCAAAUCACCCAAAACACCCAAGACCCCCAAGACUCCCAAGACUCCCAAGACACCCAAGUCACCAAAAGUGCCGAAGUCCCCCAGACAUACCAAGGACCAGCCACACAGUCCUCGUGAACCCUUGUCCGGGAGGCAUUCUUCACCCUGCCGUUACCCCUCACCGAACCGCCACCAGUCACCCAGCCGUCGAUCUGAGCCUGGCUGCUAUUCCUCCCCCUCCUCCCAUCCUUCCUCCCACCGUUCCCCCUCGGAGUACAAAAGCGUGGCCACCUCCUCUUCUGCCUCGCCUCUGUUACGCAGGCCUAGAGGUCGCUCGCAGGGUCCCAGCUCAGAGCAGGAGGAGACGGGGAAGAUUGUGCACAUUCGUCCAUCACCCUCCUCUCCACACCUUACCCAGCCUCCGCCAUCGCCAUCCAGAGCAAAGUACAGCCCAGCCAGCACCCGGUCCCUCCCACCACUGUCCUAA